AUGACCCAUUCUCGGACUGCACUAGUUCUCAUUCACCCUGCUACUACCACGCGCCCAGAGCUGUUGACUGCGGCCAAACAGCACAGCUCUUUGAGUGGGGCGAACAUCGAGCAGCACCUGGUUAACAAACUUAAUGACGGAAGCCUACAGCUACAAGACAAUUCAUACGAUGUUAUAUUCUACGUGACUCCUGAGGCAGCGGACGAAAUAUUGUUUCCGCGGCGUCUGAUUGGCGUGCUCGCUGCGGCGCUGCGUGCCGGGGGCUCUCUUCAUGGGCUUUAUGACAAAUACCAAGUUGACGCACUGCUCAGCGGCUUUGACAUAGUACGCGAGCCCACAUACCACUGGCAGAAGCGUGCAGUGACCGCGUCUGCGCCUGUGAAACUAGCUCCACGCCAGCCAGUGUCUGCCGCGGGUUUGCCACGCUUCAAGCGGGCGUCUGCGCCUAGCCCUGCAGCUGUCACACCGACCCUAGACGAGGUUCCGCCUGCAGCUGUGGAUCCCGUCAAGGCUGCACUGUUGGAUUCUGCUGCGGGUGAUGCCCCUAUCGCUGAAAAUGAUCUUGUGGUCGGCCAUGACUCGACUCCCAUUACACUGCUGACUUGCGGCCGAACCCAGACGAGGCGCCGCAAGGCAUGUAAGGACUGCACAUGCGGGCUCCGCGAAGAAAACGAAAAGGAGAUCAGCGAUACCCACGCUCGCCAAGAAAAGUUGCUUCUGGGUGAUGCAGUCAAGUUCUCUGAGCCAGAACUCGCGGAAAUUGAUUUUACCAUCGAAGGCAAAAAGGUGGGUGGCUGCGGCUCCUGCUCGCUUGGUGACGCCUUCCGGUGCUCGGGAUGUCCGUACCUGGGACUGCCGGCCUUCAAGCCUGGCCAGCCCAUCAAUUUGAGUGCCAUUUCAGAUGACCUCUAG